CGAGUUCGGAGGUCAUUCUUCCGGAAGCACAUGAGGAAAACAGAGGCAUCCACAUGGGGAGCACUUGAUGUUGACUGAGUGUAGAAACAUCAAAUAUAAGAUUAUUCUACAUGUUAGUCAACAGGAGGCAUAAAUCUACAGUUUUCUGUGUGAGGUUUGGUUUAUCUGACGCUGUAAAACAUGGAGGACCUGAGCGUUAUAAAGCUAACGGAGACUGAAGAAGAAGAAGAACCGGUUAAGAAGAAGAAAAAGCAGCAGGAGCAGAUCCAAACACUGACGUAUGACUCUGAAGAUGAGGAGCAAAAGCGACAGAAACACGUGAAGACGUUGGCGGUGUUGGGUGAAAAGGACAGCUCGGUGAAGCUGCUGGAGGAGCUGGUGUUCGGGGCAGAGGACGAGCUAUUGGAGAGGCUAGUGGAGGUACAGCCCCUCACCAAACCUCGUCUAUAAAUCUGACAAUUUGGUGUUUCUCCGGAUUGGAGUCCCUUUAACUGUACAUGACAGCAUGUUGUGGCUUUCACUCACAUUUGAAUGAAUUCCGGAUAUUUCGGCGUUGUUGUUUAUCUACCAGCACCACAUUAAGAAGUAACAUGUAAUGUUUCUGGUAGCCAUAUUGGUUCUGGAGGUUCUGGUAACAUAUUGUGAUAAACUCUUCACCAUAGCACCCAGCCCUAACUCUAGGGAAUUGUUGUCAUUAUGUUCAAGUAAAUUUUAUGCCAGACUUUCUUGUCAUCUUUAUCAGUAAAUUCUGCUGAACAUAAUGCAGUAUUCCACCCAGACCACUGUGCAGCCAUUGCUACCAAACCUCAUUGAUAAUUUUGCCAAUUUUACUGUAUGUCUUGCUUGCAUUUAGCUUUUUGAUUUUAUUCAGAUAAAUUACUGAUUUAAAGCUUGUAAAAUCUUGUUUUCACUUAGGACUGCUCCCAACUGGAGACUCCAUUUAAAAAACAGCUAAUUAUACAGUAUUUUAUUUAUGCUAUUUCUUUAUGAGCAAAAGAUGUUUUCCAAACAAAACAUGAUAUUUUUCAAGACUUUUAGAAUUUUCUUUAGACAACGUCUUGCAGGCAUUAAUCCCAUCCACCUCUGUUUAUUCUAAUUAAAAACCUGAAAGUCGCUGCCCUUUCAGCUUACAUUCAGAGUGACCUUAGAUGUGUUUACCUUUCUCUCCCUCUGACACCACUUCCUGUGUUUGAGCAGGAGGAUGAGGAGCAAAAGGAGACGCUGUUGGUGGAGAUCAGAGACGAAGAAUCAGACCAAUCAGAGGCUGAGGAUGACGCACAUCUGCAGACGAGGAAGACAGCUCCAGCCUGGGUGGACGAGGACGAUGAGCUGGAGGAAGAGUGAGUGAUGAGGGGUCCUCUUCUUCUUCACUCAGUUUCAGGCAGGCUCGUUUAGCAGCAGGUCUCUUUUACUACAGAGCCAUGCUGUUGUAAUGUUGUUGCUGUUGUAAACCAUAAACCAGUAAAUCAGUGCUGUUUUAAUCUUCAUUUUAAACACCAUCCUGACUCUUAAUGAUUUGUUGUUGUAGUUCUUCAGGUGAGUCAGAUCUCAGGUGUGUCAUGUGACUGUGUUUGUGUUAUAGAGUGGACAUGAAGCAUCGUUUCCGUAAACACCUGAUCAGAGGAGAGGCAGAGUCGACAAUGUCCAAACAGAAACUACAGCAGAGGAUGAGAGAGCAGUGAGUACACAGUUACACACACACACACACCUGUGCCUGUACCUGUGUGUUGAUCAGGUGUGUUUCAGGUUCCAGAAGUCAAUGGGAGGAGCGCCAUCGUGGGCCGAGAGCAAAGAGAAGAAGAAGAAGAAAGGUAGGAGGACGUUGUGAUGUUUCAUGUUGUUUUUUUUGUUUAAUGGUUAAAAUGAUAAAUGAUGUUAAAAUCAGACUUUGGUGCAUGUGUUAAUCAAGAUGAAGAAGAUGAGGAUGAGGAUGAAGAAGAUGAUGAACUGCUGAGGAGGACGGGGAACUUUGUGGCGUCUUCAGACAGUCUGCCCACCGGCAAUAUCAGGGUACGUCGCCCCGCUGAGGUCAAACACUCACAGAGGAUGGACACACAGUCGACAAUUUAGGGCCUGAUUGUCUACCCUCAGUGAUGGGGGGUGUGGCCUGUUUGAGGCCUCUCCUCUGUUCAGCAUCAUCAGUGCUGUCAGAGGGAACAAAAGGAAAAACUUAACUUUAUUUUUGAUUCAUAAAAAAUUUGUAAAAAUUAGAACAAACUGCCUCUUUUGUGGUCGAAGUUUGUUUGAAAUGUUUGGCUGCUUUCUGCUCCUAUUGAUCAUGUGACCCUGCCAUCCAAUCAAACUCUCUGUCUCUACCUCCUGUCUCAGAUGAAAAAAUGUCUCCACGCGAACAGCACCCGUCCGUCAGAGGACAGACUGACCACCGUCCAAUUCCACCCCUCCGCUCAGGUUGUCAUGACAGCCGGCCUCGACCAAUCACUGUCCCUCUUCCAGGUACACUCAGCUCAUCAGCCGAUCAGAUCUUCAUACAGGUGAGGUAGAGUCAGGUAGACACCGUCUAAAUGUGUGUGGUUGUGUCUCUACCCCUGCAGGUGGACGGGAAGACAAAUCCGAAGAUCCAGAGCAUCCACCUGGAGCGUUUCCCGGUGCACCGCGCAGCGUUCACUCCCGAUGGAGAGACAGUGAUCGCCACCAGUCUGAAAAACAAAAUGUUCUACGUGUACGACAUGAUGGAGGGAAAAGUCACUCCUGUGCACGCGGUCAGAGGUGAGCAGGGACACGCUCAGGUGUCACUCAGGUGUCACAGCUCUCCCCUGUUCAGGGGUUCAUGGUUGUUGAACGUUCUGUUGGGGAGAAACAGACGGUGUGUUUUUGUGUGUCAGGUCUGAACGAAUCCAGAGUGAAGGAGUUCUCUGUUUGUCCUGAGGGGGGCGCUCUGCUGCUCUCUGGAACCCGUGGAUACCUGCAUCUCCUCACAUUAAAGGUCUCUCUUCUUUAAUUUUUUCUGCUUCAUCUUCAAUUUUCACACCUUUCUCCACCCCCUCCUCUCCUUUGCCUUUCUGUGUCCUCCUCUUCAGUCUUUGCUUUCCCUCUUCUUCUCCUCUUCUUUCCCUCCUUAUUUCCUCUUUUUCUAACCUUUUUGCUCAUGUUACUUCCUCUUCUUUUGCCUCUUUUGUUUUUUCUCCUCUAGUUUUUUUCUUCAUCUUAAAACACAUUUUGAUCAAAAGUACCAGAAAUGUUUAUUUUUUAGCUCUUUUUUAGUAACUUCUAUUCAAUGAGCUAAAAGUUUGUGCUGUUGCUUGAAAUCCCAUAAAUAUCACACAAAUUAGGCAAAUGACAAAAAGGGAACUAGUCGAGGAUAGUUGUUUGGUAAAAGAAGAAGUCACUGAAGUCAGUGUGAUCUGUCCCUCACAGCUACUGGUAUUUUGUAUGCAAAUAAAGCACCUGUUCUUACUGUGAGGUGGUUUCAGGAUUUGUCCCAGAGAGUUCCUGGACCUGGUGUAACCCCUGACAGAGACUCUUCUGGAGUGGAUCAGAUUCCUCUAGAACUUAAUCUAAACCUUAGUUCUUGCUGUCAAAAUGCAGAGUUCUUUAAAAUGUUGUUAGUCCCUGUUGAAAGGUCGUUCUAGUGUAAAACAUUUUAACCCGCCUCCUUCCUUCCUAUAUGGUGACUUCAACCAAUUUUUUAUUAACACAAUUUUUUUUACAUUUUUUUUGUAACACGAUUGUACGAAAUGAAAUAGAUAUGAAGGGACAGAACAGAGAAAAAAAACUAGAAAAUAAAAUUUAUAAAAUCACUCAAAGAAUCAUUUUUAAUGAUCUUUUGAAUCUGCUAAAAAAUGUUUCCUAAAAAUAUUUGUCUGUGUGUGUGUGUGUGUGUGUGUGUGUGUGUGUGUGUGUGUGUGUGUGUGUGUGUGUGUGUGUGUGUGUGUGUGUGUGUGUGUGUGUGUGUGUAUAUGUGUGUAUGUGUGUGUGUGUCAGACUAAGGAGGUGGUCCGCAGUAUGAAGAUAAACGGCAAUGUAAGCGGUGUAGCUUUCUCUCGUGACGGCAGCAAAGUCUUUGCCAACUCAGGUGAGAGACCGCUCAGUGGGUGACAUCACAGAUCGACCACCUGUCACAUGAUUAACCUCAGAGUGUGUGUGUGUGUUUGUGUGUGUGUGUGUUUGUGCAGAGGAAGGGGAGGUGUUUGUGUGGGACAUGCGCAGCAGUCGGUGUCUAAACAGGUUCAUGGAUGAUGGCUGUGUCAGGGGGACAUCCAUCGCCACGUCACCAAACGGACGCUACCUCGCCUGCGGGUAAGACAUGCCCAUACGCUGUCCUGUUCUCUGAUUGGCUGACAGCCUGUUAGAGUUAUUCCCCUCUGUGUUGCAGCUCUCAGUCAGGCGUGGUCAACGUUUACUCCCAGGAGGCGUGUCUUAAUUCUCCCAAUCCCAAACCUCUUAAGGCCAUCAUGAACCUGCUGACCUCAGCGACCUCUCUGACCUUUAACCCCACCUCGGAGAUCCUCGCCAUUGCCUCUCAAGCUGAAGACGAGGCUGUACGGCUGGUAAGAUGAAGAUGAUUUUUUUAUUAAACCUGGUAAAAAAAACAAAAGCUCAGAUCAGGAUCUCUCUCACAGGUGACCUAAGCAGCACUCGUGAGAAUAAAUAUCACAUCAUGGAGAGAAAGUUUAGAGAUGAUCAGAAACAUUUGAUUAAAGAAGAGAAAACGAGUUUUCAGAUGAAGUUUAACUGAGAUUUUAAAGCACUUCAUCCGUCUUCUGAGAAGCUUAAUGAAGAUCCAGAGUUCCUUUUCCAGCAGGACGUGAUACCCACCCACAACGCCAAAACUCUAGAGCCACAUCUGUUUUGUCCCUUCAGGUCCACCUGCCCAGCCUGACCGUCUUCUCAAACUUCCCUGUCCAAAAGAAGAAGACCGUCUAUCGAGCCAGCUGCCUUGACUUCUCUCCACACAGCGGCUUCUUCUCAUUGGCUAACAACAAAGGAUUUGCCCCUCUCUACAGGUGAGACAACAAAUCAGCCCCUCUGAGCCCUGUAGACCCCUGGAGUGAUCCUCAGUAAUAAACAUAAACAUUUGACUGAAAAUUUUCUGUUUGUGUUCAGGUUGCUGCAUUAUAAAGACUUCUGAGGAGGAUCUCAACUCAACUGAAGGACAAGUCCCCACUUAUUCUCCCCUGUAAAUCCUGUCAAGUUUUAUUACAGCCUAUUAUUUCCUCACUAAUUAAAAUACCCAGAAUUUUAAGCCUCUGAAAGUUUAUUUUUAUUAAACAAGAUCGUCAAGUUUUAGAAUUGAAGGGGAGACCCUGUCAGAUGAUAGGAUUCAUGAUCGUCAGGCUAAAAUGUUAAAAAUCUCAAUGGGGUUUGGUGGAGAUAACAAGGACAUGGACAUUCUGAUGAACAGUCAAAUUCAAACUGUUAAAUGAUCUUAUAAACUGUUGUGUGAACAGUUAUUUGUAAUAGUUAUGAUGUGAUUGUAUGAAAAACAUAAACUACUUUUUUAAUUUGACUUGAAGCCCCAAGGCUGGCCACCCCGGUCAAUAACAUCUGGUUCUGCUGCUUGUUUACAUGUUUAUACUUCUCUCCUGUAAGGGUCUCUGAAAGCGUUGUUGACAAUGACAUUAACAAAAGUCCCGCUCCCUUUUGAUUCUGAUUGAUUAGCAAUAAAAUGAAAGCAUUCUACGGUGUCUUCAAAUGAGGUCGUGUUUACCUUAUUUACGAGAAGAGACCAUAAAAAAUGUAAGUUGAAAGCUUCAAGUUUCAGAUUAAUACAAUGCUUUAUGUAACUGAUAAGGUCUGUAUUCAGGAGCUCAGUUCGCUAACAUUAUUUAAAAUAACAGCUUGAACAAAUGUAAUUUGAUUAACGCACAGGAAAAAACGAAGCUAUAGCAAGUUGUAAUCUAAAUUGAUAUCUGUCGUUUUGUUUGUUGUUCCUCCACAUGUUGUUUCAGCAUGUAGUCAUGAUCAUUUUGUAGUAUUUUCACAUACAAAGCACACGGGACAAUGAUUGAUCCUUUGGUGUUUCUGUUACCCAUUGUUUUCCACCUAAACGCAACUCCAACGCAAACUCCUUCAUCUACACGGCUUUGCUACUUUUAGUUUGAAUUUACCGCAGAACCUUGAAAUCUAACCUCCAUUUCAGAAACCUGUUAAAAUCUCACGGGCGAAUGUUUCUCUUUUGGCCAUUACGGACUCCUGUACAGUGAAGGAGGAGUAUUUUUAAUACUUACAUAACAAAAACCAAAGUCAAAAAAACAGGACACAAAGCAGCCAAUCAUACAUUAGAGAAGGUAACAGCCAAACAGGAUUCACCAGCGCACACCUGACCCACAUACCCACACCUUUACCUCUGCACACACACGCCCCGUGCUGCAGGAAUGUCCUCAGUCCUGUCUGUGCUGAGAGUUUGUCCUCAAUUGUCAACACCAGAAACACUCAUCUGUGUCUGUCUCUAACCAGGCAUUAGUUUAACAGUAACUGAGCUCUGAUUUAUUUAAAUGAUGUCAAUGAGAGAGGCCGCACACAUUCGGCAGGUACAAUAAAACC